AUGAAUAUUAAAGGAGCAGCCAGUGCCCUAUCCCUGUUAUUUCUAACGACUAAUGCCCUUAAUUCUCCGCUGGUGAAGCGCGAGACAACUGUUGCUCAAAUCAACAAGUUCCACGGCGGUGUGCUUCUGAUAGACGGCAAGCAGACCUCAUGCGAACUUGCUCUACUUUCAAACAGACAGGCAUUUGUAUCUGCUAGUUGCAUUAAUCUCGACAAGCGCUCCGAAGUUGAUGAUAUCACCCGGUAUCAGGCUGCUCUAGACGCUGGCGGCUCUCCUCCUAACAAGGAGAUAGUCAACAUCGAUAAGAUUGUUGUCAACCCUCAGUACCAAAAGGACAACUAUGUUAGCAACCUGGCCAUUGUCUUUUUCAAUUCGCAGUCCAAGGAGAAGUGGACCACACCAUCAAGCAGGAAUGGAACAGCCCAGCAAUCACAAACGGCAGCAAAGAUCGAUGAGGGCUGCGAGGAGGCAUCGGUCCAGUAUGCAUCCAACCGGGACGAUCUUUGGUGCAGCACAGCGACAAUACCUUCUCCAGUGAACGGCACCUGCGCUGUGCCAUAUGGAGUCGUUUACGGCCUUGUCAAGUCUGACAUUGCAUUUACGGCGCUGUAUAGCCACUCGGCAGUCUACGGCAACAACUCGUGCGGCAGCGCAACGUCAUUCCACUACUACAUUGUACUGGCCAAUUUCCUCGAAUGGGCCAACACUGUCGUGACCGAAUCGGAUCCCAACAUUCUCAAGCACUGGAGAGACUGCUGCUGGUCGAUGCAAACUCCUACCUCCACAGUAUCCACCACGUCCACCGGCAAUGAUGAUUCCGACGAUGACGGGCUUCUCAGCGUUGAGUCCUCUUCAGCCACCAAUGGCAGCCAGCAGACCGGCGAUGCGCAGGCUUCCCAUUCGUCAGAUACGCUGAAGAAGGGCCAGAUUCAUUGCUAUGGCUUCGCGCUGUUCUUCCUGUACAAGCGCUGGCAGAGGCACAAGAAAACAGUUUCUUGGGACCCGAACAGAGAAUCCGCCACAAUGCGCGCCAUGGCACUUGAUCUCGGUCAGCCUGAAAUUCCUACUUCGUCUAUCCCCGCUGGAGCUCGGCCACCGACAUAUGUCAGUACUGACGGCGAGGAAUUUACUUUCUUCUCGUUCGCCAGAAAAGGAUAG